GCCCGCCCUUUAUCUGUCUAUCACGCCACAUCAUCCUUCCCGCUAGAGAUGCAGUCAGUGUGCACAUGAAACCAGCACGAAACCGCGUAUCUCUCACAAUAGCAUGGCAGCACCUGACACACACAUCCAUCCAGCCAUCAUUCCUUUCUGUGUGUGUCCAUCCAUCCAUCCAUCCAUGUCCUGGAUCUGCACCCACACCGCACCCACCUCGUGUUCGAUCAUGUCGCUGCGGAAGAGCACGAAUGUGUCCAUCAGAGGGGGGAUGUCGACCUGCUCAGACUCUGUCAAGGCACGCAGCUCGCCUCCAUGCUGACACACACAGACACACACACACACACGUUUACACACUCACACUCACAAACGAUGUCUCACCUUUGUCUGCCAAUCGGGGUUGAGGUAGACGAUAAGCGUGAGAAGCCGGUUGUUGCCUGAGCACCAACACACAGUGAGUAGCUUAGCACCUGUCCAGAGGUAUGCCAUGCAGUGCUGAGCUGCAACCCUCCUCAACCAUUAGCUCACUUUGCGAUGCGUCCAGGUGCCGCACAUACCGAGACCCACCACCUGAAUGAUGAAAGAGAGAGGUCCACCAAGCAAGGCAAGGACGCUCCGCUCUGUCUGUCUGCCCGAGAGUUACCUGGGUAUCUUGUCAGCUGAAUCUCAGACUUGCUGAAAGGGCCGCCAUCCUCCUCAUCCAACGGCCUGUUGUCUGCAGAUGCCCUCUCAGGGACGUUGGCGGGUCGUCGACGCAUGUGCACGGAGUUGAGGCGCCGUCGAACCGACUCGAUCCUGGAGAAACGAACGCACCCACCCAUGUGCUGCGAGGCCCUGUGGCCUUCUGUUUCUGUUCGCUCACUUGUGUGCGAUCUGUUUGAGUCCCCGCAGGUCAAACAGGUCCAGCGACGCCUCAUUGAGCCACAUCAACUCGUCGCCACGCGCACCGGAAUCCUCACGCCUGGGUGGGUGGAACACACCAUACACGCAUCUCGGAGAGGUGGCACUGCCCAUCUCGAGGGUGUGCAUCGCCUCACCUCACCUCUCGGAAGGUCUGCCCAUGCCGGCGCUCUUGAAGUGGCCUCCCUCAUGGAGUCCCUCGGCCUCCUUCCUGGCCUCUCCACAGACGUCAUCACCCACAAAAUGACUGCCUGCAGUGCAUGCAAUGCAAUCACACACAACAACCAUUUCACGAAAGAAGCAUUGCACUGCAUAAUGCAUUCCUUUCCUCGUGUCUGACAGCUCCCCGCCUCACUCACCACAGAUGAUUGGCAGCGUGGCACGUGGGAAAGAUCCGCUGGCUUGCUCCCUCUCACCAUCUGGGUAGCCGAGCAGGGCCUCCAGCUUGCUGUCGUCAUUCAGAAUAUCGUCGAAAACGCACUCCAAGUCCCUUUCAGCGAAGCGAAGCAAGCGGCACGAGUGAGGAAACGUUCAUCGGGUUGGCAGAUCCGCCAUCGGUGGUUCCCUGACUCACUGUGGUUUGAGCUUUCGGAUGGGUCUUGUGUCGAGGUACUGCAGCAAACUGAAGAACACGGCCUCAUUCACGUUCUUCUGCAUCUCGGUGUGUGUGCAG